UCUAUCGCGCCGUCGAAGAGCCUAGUGGCCGAAGAGAGCUCUUGUUGCGCAGGCGCAGCCUCUGCGUGGGUCUUCUUCCUCCCUGCCUGCCGCUCGGGCUCUCGCUGCUGCUCCGCGGUAGUCAUCAUGGCGCUGCUGCUGGGCGAGCUGGUGGCGGCGGCUGCGGCUCCUGCCGGCGGCGGCGGCGGCGGGGGGAGCCGCUUGAGGCGGCAGCUGGAGUCGAGCAGCUACGCGGCCGAGGAGUACGUGAAGGUGCUGUCGCAGCAGUCGGACGGCGACCGGGACCUGCAGGAGCACCGGCAGCGCAUCCAGGCGCUGAGCGAGGAGACGGCGCAGAGCCUCAAGCGCAACGUCUACCAGAACUACCGGCAGUUCAUCGAGACGGCCCGCGAGAUCAGCUACCUGGAGAGCGAGAUGUACCAGCUGAGCCACAUCCUCACCGAGCAGAAGGGCAUCCUGGAGACCGUCACCCAGGCCCUCCAGCUGCAGCUGCAGCAGCAGCAGGCCGGCGCCGCCGCCGCCGAUGAGCCGGCCCUGCUGGGGGGCGCCCGCGGCCGGGCUGCCGCCGCCGCCGCCACCGCCGACCCCUUCCUGCUGCCCCUCUCGGCCAGGGACGCCGCCGCCGCCGCCCAGGAGGAGGGCGGCCAGCGGAGCCUCACCACGCUGCUGGAGAAGGUGGAGGGCUGCCGCGACCUGCUGCCCGAGAGCCCCGGCAAGUACCUGGUCUACAACGGGGACCUGGUGGAGUACGACGCCGACCACAUGGGGCAGGUGCAGCGGGUGCACGCCUUCCUGCUGAACGACUGCCUGCUGGUGGCCGCCUGGCUGCCCAACCGGCGGGGCGCCUACCGCUACGACGCCCUCUACCCGCUCGACGGGCUGGCCGUGGUCAACGUGAAGGACAACCCGCCCAUGAAGGACAUGUUCAAGCUGCUCAUGUUCCCCGAGAGCCGCAUCUUCCAGGCCGAGAACGCCAAGAUCAAGAAGGAGUGGCUGGAAGUGCUGGAGGAGACCAAGCGCGGCAGCCGCCUGCUCAGCGAGAAGCGGCGGCUGCGGGAGCAGGAGCAGGCGCCCCCCGCCGCGCCCCCUCUUCCUCGGGCGGCGGCGGAGGCGGCGGCGGCCCGCAAUCCUUUCGAGGAGGAGGAGGAGGAGGAGCCCGCCGGCCCGGAGGCGGCUGGAGGGGUGGAGGUGGACCUCUCCCUCGAGUGGAUCCAGGAGCUCCCCGAAGACCUGGACGUCUGCAUCGCUCAGAGGGACUUCGAAGGGGCCGUGGACUUGCUGGCGAAGCUGAACGAGUAUCUGGCCGAGCAGCCGGCGACUGCGCCCGUCAAGGAGCUGCGCGCCAAGGUGGAGGGCCGCGUCCGGCAGCUCACCGAGGUGCUGGUGUUCGAGCUGAGCCCCGAUCGGUCCCUUCGCGGCGGGCCCAGAGCCACCCGCCGGGCGGUGUCUCAGCUCAUUCGCCUGGGCCAGUCGACCAAGGCGUGCGAGCUGUUCCUGCGCAACCGGGAAGCCGCCGUGCGCACAGCCACCCGCCAGCUGCGCAUCGAGGGCGCCACUCUGCUGUACAUCCACAAGCUCUGCCACGUCUUCUUCACCAGCCUGCUGGAGACGGCCCGCGAGUUUGAGACGGACUUUGCGGGCCACAGUGGCUGCUACUCCGCCUUCGUGGUCUGGGCCCGGACGGCGCUGCAGAUGUUCGUCGAUGCCUUCAGCAAGCAGGUCUUUGACAGCAAGGAGAGCUUGUCUACUGCUGCCGAGUGUGUAAAGGUGGCAAAGGAGCACUGCAAGCAGCUUAGCGAGAUUGGUCUGGACCUGACCUUCAUCAUUCAUGCCCUGCUAGUGAAGGAUAUCAAAGGUGCUUUGCAAAGCUACAAGGAUAUCAUCAUUGAGGCCACGAAGCAUCGCAACUCUGAGGAGAUGUGGAGGAGAAUGAACCUGAUGACCCCAGAAGCUCUAGGCAGACUUAGAGAGGAGAUGAGGAGCUGUGGUGUGACCACUUUUGAGCAGUACACGGGCGAUGACUGUUGGGUGAAUCUCAGCUACACUGUGGUGGCCUUCACCAAACAGACGAUGGCCUUUUUGGAGGAAGCUCUCAAACUGUACUUCCCAGAGCUCCAUAUGGUCCUGCUGGAAAGCCUAGUAGAGAUCAUCCUUGUGGCUGUCCAGCAUGUUGAUUACAGCUUACGGUGCGAACAGGACCCUGAGAAGAAAGCAUUCAUCCGGCAGAAUGCAUCUUUCCUGUAUGAAACUGUCCUUCCUGUCGUGGAGAAGAGGUUUGAGGAAGGCGUUGGAAAGCCAGCAAAGCAACUGCAAGAGCUGAGGAAUGCUUCAAGACUCAUGCGUGUUAAUCCUGAAAGUACCACCUCUGUGGUGUGAAAUCCCUUGGUUCUUUUCAUACAUCUUUGAUAGCAACACACACCAUUAACACUCUUUUUUAAGGGAUCGUGGCCAAAUUGAUUUGACUUGAAUCAAAUAAUUUGAUUUGAGUGAUUAGACCUCUAAUCGAAUCACCGAGGACCAUCUUGAGGAUGCUUACGAGAUUCGAGGUUGCAUCGAAUCACCCUUGAUUCAAGCUCAAACUGAUUCGUUGAUUCAAGCCUCCAUUCCCCCCCACCCCCCAGCGACUUCCAUUUUGUCCCUCCAAGCUUUUGCCAUCACUGCCGGGUGAAUUUUUAGGAAUUAUGUGCGGAUUCUUGAUUGUGAAAUGACUUCUUCAUAAGAAUUCCCUAUGAAGAAGUUAUUUCACAACUGAGAAUCCACAACACAUAAAUAUUCACCCCUUUGCCCGAUUCUUUUGGGGGGUUGGGUGGCAGUUGGCACCCAUGGGGCCCCACCACCCAACCUGCUUUGGUGUCCCCUAGCUCUUAAAAAUUAGGCUGAAUCUAUUCCACUUUGAAUCAAAUCUAUUCAAAUAUGAAUCGAAUUGACACAGAUUUGAGCUCAAAUCAAAUCAGGCUGAUUCGAUUUGAACUAGAAUCAAAUUGCAAAAAUCAAUUUGUGCACAUCCCUACUUGCUUCAGCUAAUUAUGCCCUGCAAGUAACUUGGAGGGCAAAGAAAAAGGGAGAAAAAUGAAAGCAAGUACUGUAGUUGGGAAGCCACAUACAGCAGACCGUUAUUGUAACGGUCUGGUUGUGGCAUUCUAAGUUCAGGAGAUUGCUUGGGGACAAAAGCUAAUGUAAUAUUUAAAUAUGAUAAAGAAUACCUUUAACAAGUAUUAGUUGGUUUUGCAGAAAUAGAAAUAAUGGGAUAUACCCAGUGGUUCUAUUGCAGGGUUUCUCGACAUGUGGGUCCCCAGAUGUUAUUGGACUUCAACUCCCAUAAUCCCCAGCCCCAGUGGCCUUUGGUUGGGAAUUAUGGGAGUUGAAGUCCAAUUACAUCUGGGGACCCACACGUUGAGAAACCCUGUUCUAUUGUACUGAAUAUCAGAACAAGCGUGGCAGAUGUUUAAUGUCAGAUAGCUCUGGCUCCCCCUGCUCAUUUACCCUGCUAACUGUGCAAAGAGGCGCAUUUUAAAGUGGUGGAUGUCUUCUAUUAAGCAGGGGGAGAUCAACUGUCCCUAUCCGACCUAACACAGCAUCCUUUCAGUGGCUGUUGCUAGUGUCUGCCUUAUGUUUCUCUUUAGAUUAUGAGCCCUUUUGGGACAGGGAGCCACCAUGUAUGUGCGUUUUGAGAACUUUUGAAAAGCAGUAUAUAAAUGGAAAUAGUAGUAGCUACUUGGAGGCUUUGUUGCAAUUUUACCACAGCAAAGUUUGAAAUCCUAUAUAUAAAACAGCACUGAACUCCGAGAGGUGCUGUGUCAGAAAUUGCAGAAGACUUGGUGGCUGCACAUACAGUUCUCUUAGCACUGGUUGCAGCCCAAAGAUGUGUGCAUUUGUUGAAGGAAGCGUAUAUAACCUCAAAAUUAUUUGCUUGACAACUCUGAAGCGGAGGGUAGUUUUACGUGCUGCCUAGUCAGCCUGAUAAAGGGACUCCAGGAGUUGAUUUCAAGAUGUGCAAAAUGACCAAUUUAUAAUCAAGCGGUGAAGGGUGCAACUGGGGCGGAGAUGUGAUCUUUUAUAACUAGCAAGCAGCUUUGGGAGUAGAGCCACACAUGGGAUGAAGGAGUGAAAACCUAAAAGCACUGUAACUGAGGCCUAACCACACCAGCCUUAUCUUCAGCUCUGCACACAGUUGUGACUGUGUACAAUAUGGGUAAAGAAUUUUUUUUCUUUUAAAAGUAGCUUGGGCUCUGUCUUCAAGCCUCAUCUUGCUUACUAGAGGGGGAAAUUCUUACCAAACUGCAAUACUAUGAUUCCCUCAUUGGCUUGUACCAGAAUUAAUGACACCAAAAACAUAUUCAAAUUAGCUGUUAAAGGAGCCUUAUGGCCAAUGUUCUUCAACAAGCUAUAAAAUGAAAUGCGUGUUUCAUUUGCUGAAAGGCCAUUUAUUCAUUUACUUAAUUACAACUGUGUAAGUAGAUAUUAUACUUUUAUAGCAUACCUUUCAAUAUUAUGGAAAUCUGUUGCCCCUGGACAUGAGGGAUAUAAGCUUCAUCUUUGAAACAGCUGUUUUCUGAAAAUGUACUCUGAAAGAUAGAACCUAGUUGUCCCAGAACAAGGAGAUGGGAAAUCUUUCUUCCCCAAAUUUGAGAAAUAUUUGGUCCAAACAGCUGCUUUGUGUGCUGUGUAUUACCACCAUAGGGCAAAUUGAAUCUUGUAAAAGGAGGACUAAUCUUGUCUCUUGCUGGCAGUGGCUGGAAGGCUACCAUGAUCACAAGAGUAGCUUUCAUCUUUAUUUGCUCUCCAAAGGAAAAUGCUUUAGAACAGGUGUAGGCAACCUUGGCUCUCUAGCUGUUGCUGAACUACAACUCCCAUCAUCCCCAGCUGCAAUUUAUUGUGAGUUGUAGUUCAGCAACAGCUGGAGAGACAAGGUUGUCUACCCCUGCUUUAGAGGAUAGGGAAUCACUGGCACAGACACUGAUGGAAUAUGAGCAUUUACUCUAAAGGAGACUGGGUAGAAUUGGGACUACAAAUUCAGCCGCCUCGUUAUACCUGUCAUUUAACUAAUGGACAAGAUCCUCAUCUGAUGUUCACCCAGUUUCUUGAGAUGAACCCCCAACAUAUUGUGUAUAGAGUGGUUUGGGGUAUCUGAACACCACUAAAUAGUGUUGGUGUUUUGUAAUUUAUUAUUUUGUUAUGCCUGAGAAUGUAUGGAGGACAAAUUCUGUAUGAAUGAGAACAAUGAUAUAUCCUUAGACUUGCAGUCUUUGUAUGUUAACACAAAUUUACUACCACAAGUAACUAUGGAUUAAAAUAAUCCUUGAAACUUUUUAAAAGA